AUGGCAGAGAUUCAUCUCCCAGGCGAUAUCGUUUCUUUAGUUGUUCCUGGUGAAAAACGAACAGAAAUAAUUGGUUGUGGUCUAGAACGAGUAAUUAAUAAUCCUGAUCAGUUGUUAGUUGUACAACCAGGAAUACGGCGUGUAUCGCAUGGUAAACAAUGGAUGGCAGUUCAUUCACGAAGAUAUAUCCCACAAAAGGGUGAUCGUGUAAUUGGGAUUGUUACUUCUACUCAUGGUGAAACAUUUAAAAUUGAUAUUGGCUCUGCAGACAUCGCAUUUAUCAGUUUCCUCUCUUUUGAAGGUGCCACAAGACGUAAUCGUCCAAACUUGAAAGUUGGUGAUUUGAUUUAUGCCUCUGUCACUACUGCAACAAAACAUCUUGAACCAGAACUUACAUGCAUUGAUAGUGAAGGUCGAGCACGCGGUAUGGGUCUAUUACCAUCUGGAGGCUUCCUUUUUAAAACAAGUCUAAAUCUUGUACGUCGAAUUCUUUCACCAUCUUCAAGACUAUUAUCGCUGAUUGGUAAAGAUAUAAAAUUCGAAAUAACAAGUGGUAUGAAUGGACGAAUUUGGAUUAAAGGCAUAAAUGUCGUUGAAAUUAUAGCCGUGUGUCGGAUAAUUAAGGAAUCAGAAUUUAUCACAGAAUCGGAUAUCCCAGCUUUUGUGGAUAAGCAAAUUAGUCUUUUAUAUGGCUUUCCUGUAGCUGCUGAUGACAGUGAUAAUGAUCGGUUGUAA